AUGGCUUGUGCCAACUCUGUGCCUACACUCUACAGAUCUGUAAUUGAAGAUGUAAUUGAAAGAGUGCGGAAUCUAUUUGCUGAAGAAGGCAUAGAGGAACAGGUCUUAAAAGACUUGAAGCAGCUCUGGGAAACCAAGAUCUUGCAGUCUAAAGCAACAGAUGAUUUCUUCAGAAAUAGCAUCCAUUCACCUCUCUUCACCCUUCAGUUGCCACAUGGCUUGCACCAAACAUUGCAAACAUCAGCAGCACCUUUAGUUAUCCCUCCUGGUAGAACCAUUCCCAGUUUUACCACAGCAGAACUGGGCACCUCAAACUCCAGUGCAAAUUUUACUUUUCCUUCCGGUAUCGGUUAUCCUAUUCAUGUACCAGCAGGUGUGACGCUACGGACUGCAUCUGGCCACCUUUAUAAAGUCAAUGUACCAAUUAUAGUGACACAGACUCCUGGAAGAGCAAGUAUUCUUCAGCAUCCAGUUCAGCAAAUAUUUCAGCAGCUGGGGCAGCCUCCCGUAAUACAGAUGAGCCUUCCACAACUGAGCUCGUCUCCUCACACAACUACUGAAAAACCACAGGGACUGGAACCUGUGUUCCAGCAGCCCACGGUUCUGCAUCCUGGGACGGUGGAUAGGAAACACGUAGAAAAUGUCACCACCGACGUAUUUGUCCCUCCUGGGAACGAGCAUAAAAUCAUGUUGGACGUUUCGUUGAGUCAGCAGGAAAGCCCUCAGUAUGUCAAUCUUCCAGGCGUUGUAUUUGCCCCACAGGUCUCUCAACUAGAUUCUAACGUGGAGUCAGCGCUCAGUGUUUCAACGACCGUGACUCAGAAUCUGCAUGGUAGGCCCUACUCCGCGGGCCCUCGGGGGGCUCUGCACCAGCACCUGCCUGAUGUUCAGCUUCGUGUUCUUAAAAAUAGGGUGUAUGGAUGCGAUUCUGUAAAGCAACCAAGAAAUGUACAGGAGCCCAGCAGCCUACCCGUCUCAGAGAAGGAUUCUAACUCUCAGAAGGAUUUAAGUACUCCAGCCACUGAUGACGAUAUUCAUGAAAUAAUUCAAAUAGAUGGAGCCGGAGAUACAUCUUCCAAUGAAGAAAUAGGAAGUUCAAGAGACGUAGAGGAGAAUAACUUUCUAAGGAUGAUUGAUGCGGCACACCUGAAGUUACUUGAGGAAGAAGGUGAUGGUGUAUCAAAUGGAGACUCUACUGUUAACAGCAGUGAUAACAGAGACCCUCAAACAGGCAUUGUAGAAGAGGACCCUUUAAAUUCCGGAGACGAUGACAGUGAGCAGGAUGUGCCAGACCUGUUUGACACGGAUAACGUGAUCGUCUGUCAGUACGACAAGGUUCAUCGAAACAAGAACAAAUGGAAAUUCUAUUUGAAAGAUGGUGUUAUGUGCUUUGGAGGGAAAGACUAUGUAUUUGCAAAAGCUGUUGGUGAUGCAGAGUGGUAAAUCUUCUGAGCUCAGUAUAUCAACCUCGUAAAUCGGUGGGACUGUAAUAUUGCAUGUUGUGAAACUUAACUUUUAUUUUAAAUACAGCCCAGUACAGAACUGCUCACAUUUUUCGUUCACUGUAUGGAAUUGAAUAAAUUAUAAUUCAGAUGCAGAUACAAAUGUAUGUUUGUGUAUUUCUUUUGUUUACUGGUUUAACUUCUUAAGUUUUAACUGUCGCUAUUUCUGCAUUACAAAGCAUAGGUGCACUGGGUUUGAUGGGGCAUGAAGCGAUGUCACAUUUCUUUAUUUGUCAAGUCAGAAUUUAAAUCAGACCCCAGAUCUCCUUCAUGGUAAAGUCAGUGUCUGCUAUGAGACUGGGGCCAGUGUUCCCCCACCUCUCCCCAAAACAUAUUACAAAAGGUCUUGGGGCAUCUCAUAAGUAGCAGGAUGUUCUAGAAAGCUUCUCCAGGUCUUCAGUCUACACUGGUCUCUGGCGGUGUGCUGACCCUGUAAGCCCAGAUGGUCCCUGGGAGGCAGAAGGCUCUCCUGUUCCUGCGCUAUUUUUGAAUACGGAAAUCUUUGCCAAGGCCAGGGUUCCUGGAGCUAAGUAUCAGUCUCUCUAUACUUAUGGCCAGACCACCUCUUCAAAUCCUCUGGUCUCCCUGGGGAAUUGUUAGAGAGUGGGUUAGGGUCCUGCAUUCUGGAAACCUCAAAAUUCUGUCUUCUUCCAAGUCAUGGUGGGUUUUCC